AUGGCCAAGAAGAAAUCCAAUGCAGCCAAUGCAGCACAAGUAUUAGAAUCGUCAGUGUCUCCAAUUGUCGAGAUCAACUACAAAGAUCCAUUAUUUACAAUCGCAUCCCACCCAACUAAACCAAUUCUCCUCUCAGGGUUAGCUACCGGACAUGUCUACUGUAACUCCUAUGAUGCCGAACAACUCGAAGAAAGGCUGAUCAAGAAACGAGAAGAGAUUCUUGAAUUACAAAAGCAGGCCUAUGAAGCCGGGAAAUUGCCCUACAUCAACAAAUCAGUUUCUCAACUGGGUAAGAAGUGGUGGAAGGUGAUCCAAGACCAUUCCGAAGUUGAAGAUGAUUUAGUUCGCACCAACUGGAAAACGAAACGUCACAAGGGUUCUUGUCGUCAUGCCAUAUUUGACCCAUUGGAGAAUUCUGUGGGUGAGUUUGUGUAUACUGUCGGAACCGACAAUAUUAUCAAGAAGGCUGCCACGGAAACCGGGAAAGUGGUUGGUAAACACACUGUUACUGGAGAUUACCCCAACCCUAAGGAUUCCAUAACGAAAUUGUGUCAUUCCACCAGCAAUCCGGUCUUAUUGGCCGGUACUGAGAAUGGACAUGUUUUAGUAUACGACAGUUCUAAUUUAACGUCAGGGAAAUUAAAAUUCAAAGUGAGUUCUGUCCAUGAUGAUGCCAUUAACCAUAUCAUGGCCAUGCCUACGGUGUCGGCGUAUCACUAUCUCACGUUGGGUUCGACUACACUUGCCCAUAUUGAUAUAAGAAAGGGAAUAAUUACCCAGUCAGACGAUCAAGAGGACGAGCUUCUUUCGAUGUGCUAUGCUAGUGACAACAUCACGGAAAACAACAAUGAUACCGUAUUGGUAGGCCAUGGCGAGGGGAUCGUCACGAUAUGGAAGAAUUCCAAGAAUAAAUUCAUGGACCAGUUGUCGCGUAUCAAAGUGAAUAAGGAGGCCUCAAUUGACGCAAUUGUCCCUACCAUGAAUGCCGACGAUGAAGAGAUGUGUAAUUCCGUGUGGUAUGGUGACAGUGAAGGGUUAUUGCAUAGAGUUAAUUACAAACGAGGAAAAGUAGCGGAGACACGAGUUCAUUCUAGUGCAAGAGGAAAGCAUGGUGCUGUUGAUGAGGUGGGUAUUUUAGAUAUUGAUUACGAUUAUAGGUUGAUUAGUGCUGGUAUGGACACUUUGAAGAUUUGGUCGAACAGAGAGGUUGAGCAAGCUGAGCAUGAGAGUGAAGAAGAAGAAGAAGAUAGUGAUUCUAGUGAUUCUGAUGUUGAUAAAGAGUCUGAAAGCGACUCUUUGGGCCCUCUGGAUUUCUCAGAUAGUGAUGAUGACAAUGAUUCCGAGAAGGACAAAGACAACGACGAACAAGAUGAUAGUGACGAAGAAGAUGCAGACCUGGACCUGAACUCUGAUGAAGAGGAGGAAGCACCACCUCCACAAUUAGUCCGCAGAAAACGUACGGAUAUCUCGCAAAUAGUAUCGAAACCCAAACGUAAAGUGAUCGACAUCAACAAACUUACAAAGACUGAACCAGAAGAGCCCGCCGAAGAACCAAAACUGAAGAAACAAAAGUUGAAGGAAAAGAAGAUGACUACUAAACAGCUUCGUAACAUGCAGAAGCACGAGCAUGGGAUCCGUAAGUUUGAAGGGUUGUAG